AUGUAUUGCAGCGAGGUGCAGAAAGCGGUGAAUACGGCACCUGGUGUACGGCGCUGGCGUGAGCUCCUGCAGGGAAGCGCUGUAGCUGGGCGGGAAGUCGAUAGGACCGCCAGUGAGCGGCAGAAUGGCCUGCAAAGCAUUGAGUGGGGCCUCGGGGAUCCUGGAAUAAAUGGUCGAUAUGCUGGGACUUUAGAGACGGGGUAUGGCGGAGCCUCUGGCCACAGUAGGGGGCGGUGGGAGCCAGCCCUUGAUCAACAGCUGGAAAUGGUGUCUGGGAGCAUCCAGGUUCUGAAACACAUGUUGGGGAGGAGGGCAUGUAAGGCCAGUUUUGGGGGGCAUGCCUCUGUCUUUCCUGGUGCGUAGAGGCUCGGAUUCCACCAUGGUAUUGGUGGCAUACUGGAUGCCUUCACUCAUGAACUAGACCAAGAGUCUCAGAUGGACUGGGUCCUCAGAAAGAUGGCUAGUGACCCACACAAUGAGUGGCGAGCUCUCUUUGGUAGGGUUUAAAGCCUGGGAUGUGAGUAGGAGGGAGUAGCUGGUGGUGCCUUGUCCUCUUGAUUUCUGACCCCUUUGUCUUCAGACAACAAUGGUGUGCCAUUGUGGUGCUUGUGUGGUUUUCCCGUCCUGAUUCUACUCCCCUUUCUCUGACUUGGGAUGUCCCUGUCUACUGGAAAGAGGGAGUGAACCUGGAGGGCCAACCCAAGGAUCUCUUUCAGAACUAGUAGGAUCUUUAGGCCCUGGGUUGGACCCUGAGCUUCUGACACUGAUCCCAAUUCAAGUGCAUUUAUAGGGUGAUGAUUUGGGAAGACCUUGCACAAACUGCCCCAAAUCUACCCUCCUCCGUGCCUUCUAAUUGUUCCAAUAGAAAUCCAGCAUUAAAUUAAAAAAAAA